AUGUCUUCACCUCAGCUCAUUCUCUUCAUUCUAGCUCUCGUUGACUUGGUUCUUGGUGGACUCAUCUCCAAUUGCUUUAUACUUACAGUGAUUCUCAGGGAAUGGAACAAAAACAGAAGCCUUGAUUCCAGUGAUCAGCUUUUUCUGAGCCUGGUUGUGACCAAUUUGUGGGCAACUGUGUUCCUCAUUCCCAUUUGCAUCAAUGACUACAUCAUCCCCAUGUUCCCCAAGCGUUUGGGAGAUCAAAUAAUAUACCCUUUCGGUGAUUUUAUUGCCAUCUCUAGACAUUGGUUCACUGCUUGCCUCUGUGUUUUCUAUUACAUCAAGAUUGUGAAUAGCACCCAGUCCUUCUUCCUUUGGUGCAAACUGAGGAUAUCUUGGCUAGUACCACGACUUAUUGCAGGAUCUCUAAUUGUUUCCUCAUUUCUUGGCAUAUUUAUGUCAUUGUUUACUCUUAGAAAUAUCCAAAGCAACACAACAAUGAUUGACACAAAAAGGAAUGAAGACAUGUCACACUAUCGUAGGACUGAUGUUCAUAAAAUAGUAUUUUUAAUUGUUGGCUCUGGUUCCCCUCUUCUCGUGAUCUUGAUUUGCUCCAUCCUAGUUGUUGUCUCCCUCUGCAGACACAUGUACCGGAUGAAGUGCUUACAUCUUGCUGCUAGGUAA